CUGCAGCUCCCUCACUUGCCUUCUGCUUCUCUCUCUUGCCUAUCCCAGACCCUAGUGCCUGGAUCAGGACCUCCUCAGUCCUCAGCCCAUUAGCAGAAUGAUGGCUAUGGGUCUCCUGUGGGUAGGGCUAGCCUUGCUCCAGGCCCUAGAGACCCAGGCCCAGGCCCAGGACUCCCAACAGGAGAUCCCAGUUCAGCCGGCCUUUGUAGAAGACAAGUUUGUAGGAACAUGGUACAGCGUGGGGUUGGCCUCUACCUUCCCCUGGUUCCUGAAAAAGAAGGCAGAGCUGAUGAUGUGUAAGACCGUCCUGACUCCAGAAAUCGAUGGAACAGUCAACUUUACCGCCACCUUCGUCAGCAAUAACCAGUGUGAGACUCGAACUUCACUCCUGAGGAAGACCCAGCAGCCGGGACAUUAUGUCUACAAAAGCCUCAAGUGGGGGAGUGAACAUAACAUCUUUGUGGUGGAAACCAACUAUGAAGAAUACUGCCUGCUGUAUACCACUAAAACCAAAGGCAACAGUAACUUCAACAUGGCAACUCUCUACAGCAGAACCAAGGAUGUGAGACCUGAGCUGAAGGAGAGGUUCAUCAGGUUUGCCAAGUCCCAUGGCUUCACAGAAGACACCAUUGUCAUCCUGCCCAAAACUGAUCAGUGUAUCGAUGAAAACUAAGUCCUGCACAUGCCUUGAUGACCCCCUUGGACCUCAGACUCUUCUCUGGAAAGUCUCAGCUCCAUGGCCCCCUGGCAGGCAGUAUCCUUCUGCCUGUGCCACCCCCAGCUUUGUGCUUCUGUACUGGCCCCACCAAAUAAAUAAGUGGAGUACUUGGUCCUG